UUUAAUAAAUUAAUAACUAACCUUCAAUAAUAAUUAAUAGCAAACGUGUUAUACAUAUAAUAUUCAUAUACACUUCAGCGUUUAAAUAUUUAUAAAAUAAAUUAAAAUUUCCUAGAAGUUUCAACAAGAUAAAGUUUUGAAUGAGAAAAACAAAAUAAACAUAACCCAAAGCUAUUUCGAAUAAAGCUAAAAUGUUAAAGUGAAGAAAAGAAAAGAAUUUCCAAGAAAUAUCAGAUAAUUUACACAAGACCAGCACAAAAGUACUAAAACACAAAAAGUAACAAGAAAAAAACCGCCCCCCCAAACAAAAUAUGAUUGAAAUGUUUGAUGUGAACAAUUUAAAUGCGACAGCCACAAUAACAAAUAUAAUAGAAAAUGUUAAUCAAAGUAAUAACACUAAUAAUGAUAAUCUGCUAUUGUCCUCCUCCUACUCCGCCAUUACAACGUCGUCAUCGUCUGCCUACGCGAGCCAACAACAAAAUGACACCACGGACACAACAAUGUUGCUCACGGAUUUGGUAGUGAAUGCCACGGCGGCUGUUGUUGAUUAUGCCACACAAUGGUUGACAACAACAAUAGCAACAACUGCCGCAAAUUUAACCAGUAGUAUCAGCAAUGAAACCACAACCACAUUGUUUCCACCCACCGAUAGUAUUUUAAAUUAUACCAUACCAUCAUUGUCGUCGUCGUCAUUAUUUGGCGACAGCAGCAGUAGCAGUUUUACAAAUUUUUCAAAUCCUGCCAACGACAACAACAUCAUCAACACCACCACUAGUAGUACCACCUCCACGAUGUUAUCAUCAGCAUCCUCCUCUCCAUUUAUACUAAAUGCUGAUCUCAUUGGAGAAAAUACAAAAUUAGCUGAUGAUAGCAAUUACUAUGAUGACAUGCAUGAAUGUCAUCCAGAAAAUCCAAACUUUAAUUGUUCACGCUCCGAUUAUAUGUUAUUCAUUUUGGGACCCCAAACAAUGCCGCUCUUUAAAUCUCUGAGUACAACAAUUCUAUAUGGUGGCAUAUUAAUUACGGGUCUUUUUGGUAACGUUUUAGUUUGUAUUGUGAUUUAUAAACACUCAAAUAUGCAUACGGCAACAAAUUUUUAUCUAUUCAGUCUUGCUGUGUCAGAUCUUAUUUAUUUAAUAUUUGGCCUGCCCAUGGAAGUGCUUUUGUAUUGGCAUCAAUAUCCGUAUUAUUUUGGUCUGCCGUUUUGUAAAGCGAGAGCUUAUAUAUCAGAAGCAUCAACGUACGUAUCAGUUUUAACAAUAGUGGCAUUUUCGGCGGAACGUUAUAUAGCGGUUUGUCAUCCAUUAUAUUUGUAUCUACAGACUGGUUUUAAAAGAGCCCUACUUAUAAUUGCCGUACUAUGGCUAUGGAGUUUUUUAGGAGCCAUACCAUUUUGCAUAUAUACCGAAAUUAAUUACUUGAACUAUCCCCCAGAUAAUUCAACAAUUGUAGAGUCAGGAUUUUGUGGUUUUGAUACGCCUGAAAAUAUACCCAUAUUUGAGGUUUCAUCUUUGGCCUUCUUUAUUAUACCCAUGUUGGCUAUAAUUUAUUUUUAUUUUUCCAUGGGUGUUAAAAUAUACACAAGAAGAACACAAAAAUUGGGUGUCCAGCAAGGUUCCAUGCAUAAAGAAUCAAGGCAUCUGAAGUCACGUAAAGCCGUCAUUAGAAUGUUGG